AUGGUAAUAUUUUUCUUGAUAACAGGAUGUAUGAAGAAACUCACAGGAUUUCAACGAUUUCUGGCAAAAUUUAUUUAUGUGAUAAGGUCUUCCAGAGGGAGAACCAAUUGGAUACUAGACUAACAAAAAAAAUAGUAACCAGACUCCAGUGACCUGUUUAACCCUGAAUGUGAGGGAUGAAAAGCAGCAGCCUUCUUGAAUGGGACAGUGCUUCAGUAGUCUUGGUAAUGCACAGAUAAGAUGGCUGAACAAAGGCAACGGGCUUUAUCCACAUCAGGAGAAGCAUUAUAUGAAAUUCUGGCUCUGGAGAAGGGGGCAACACAUGAAGAAAUUAAGAAAUCUUACAGAAAAUUGGCUCUGAAAUAUCAUCCUGACAAGAAUCCUGACAAUCCAGAGGCUGCUGAAAAAUUUAAAGAGAUCAACAAUGCUCAUGCGAUACUGACUGACCUGUCCAAGAGAAACAUAUACGAUAAGUAUGGAUCAUUAGGGCUAUAUGUGGCAGAACAAUUUGGAGAAGAAAAUGUUAAUGCAUACUUCAUGCUUUCAAGCUGGUGGGCAAAGGCCCUGUUUGCAGUUUGUGGCCUCUUGACAGGCUGCUACUUUUGCUGCUGCCUGUGCUGCUGUUUCAAUUGCUGUUGUGGACAGUGUAAACCCAAGCCACCAGGAGGGGAAGAACAUGAGUUCUGCAUGUCUCCUGAGGAUUUGGAAGAGCAAAUUAAGACAGACAUGGAACAAGAUGGAGAAACUCCAAUCAUACUUCAGCCGACAAAUGCAAAUGAGAAAACUCAACUAAUCGGAGAUGGCCAUCGCAGCUAUCACACAGACUCAUAAAGCAAGAGCUGACUGCAGUUCGCUCUCUAAGUAGGAAUGCCACAAAGAGGGUUCAGAACAGCUAAUUGAAAAGCACUGUAAUUUUUUCCCAUAUUUGUAUUUGAUUUUUAAGUUAGGCAAAGAUAAUUUGAAUGUAAUUUCCUGUGGACGCAGACUCUUUAACUCAUGGGGCCUUCAAAAUGAACAGUCCCAUCCUCUGUGUUCUGCCCUGAGAUACUUACCGUUAGCAUACUGUUAUACUGAUUAGCCCUUGAAGGGGGUUAACACUUUUGAGCUCAAGCUAUCCCUUCAAUACAAUAAUAUUCCUCUUUCUCAUCUCCCCUUAAAUGGAGCUCCCUUUCCUCACCUAAGCAAGGACUUUCCCUGAUUAGGGCUUUGAGUCCACUUAAGAAGGCACCAGUUCUGUCAUUGUCUGACAAUGUAAUGUUCUUAGUUUGCCACACAGUUUUAGGGUAGAGACCAUUUAUAAUGCUAUUGCUUCCUUUGAGGAAACGAUGCAAGUGUUUUCAAUAGACAGCAAAGGAACGGUAGGUAUCAGAAAGGGUCUGACUUUGCCAAAGAGGGAGUGUUGCAUGACAGCACUAGUCUGCCUAGUAGACUGAAGCUUGCUGGGGAUGGGACCAGAGCAGUAAAGAAGCUGAGUCAGCUGUUCGCUGAUUGGCACAGGGCAUGAUUACCAACCCCAAGAGCUUAACGGUCAGAAGGCAGUUCAGCCUAAACCCAGGAGACUAAUCUCCUAAUUGAAAUGCACAUGAUCUCUGUGUCUUGAUUCUGUGCAUGUGCAUUACAGCACCUGCACAGGAGCAGAAGCAGGAGACCGGAAGGAAAAUACCACACAGAUGUGGAUGGUUGAUGCUCCCUAUUUACCAGUUGUAAGACUUGGCAGCAGCAGCAUCUCUCCCUCAUCUUGGACUGACCAAUUUGAGACACAUAUCAAAGUUCUGUUGUUGUUUUUUUUUAAUUGGGAGUAUGCCUGUGACCUCAUGCAACCCUUGGCUCCUCAAACUCCCUACCUUUCGGCUCCCUAACUCCUUUGGGAUGGGAUGGAAGAUGACCCUCAGCCGAGUCAACAGACAAUUGCCUGCCUGCCUACUUAUUCCCCUUACUGAUGGCUUUAUACUUGUUCUUUCCCAACUGUCCUACUGACAUGCAAAAAAUGGGCUGAGGGGUGGGGUCAGGAAUUGACAGGAAGAGAAGGAGGCAGUCAUGCUGAAAGGACAAGAGGUAGCUUCCUGGCAGAGGGAGGCAGAGCAAGAUAGAACUUGCUUCUCUUAAUAAUCUUGCCUUGAUCCAGUGACCAUUUCUUCCACCCUCUGCUUUGCUACAAGUCUAUAAUACAUGUAUUGCACUUCAAAUCAUAUAAUUAUUACCCAAUCAGGUUUAAAUUGUAUUCCAGAAGCAGGCUUUCUUUGCUUUGUUUAACCAGCACACUGUUGUAAGAUAUUUCCAGCCCUGAUUCCAUGGUACUGACACGUCUUAGACAUGUAAACCAUUCUGUAUAGACAAAUUUCGGGCAAGUUGUAUGUUAAUAAUAAAUGUGUCCUUUAAUACACUUAAAGUUCCAUUUUAAGUCAAAAUAUAGUCUUUACUAGCAGUGCUCUGCUGCACAAAACUCUCGUGGUUGAAAUUGUAAUUUAUGAAUGUGUAAUUUAUGAAUGUCUCAUCAGAGAGACAAGAAAAUAUUGUAUGGUUUUAAUUUAAAAUCUAGGGUCUGAUUCUUCUCUCUUCACUGAAGCAAAUGAAGUACAUCUCUUUAGAAGGCAAUGGAUUUAUACCAAGGUAAAACUGGAGCAGGUGGGAGGAGAAUCAGACCCCUAGUUUGUAAGAGCUAAAGCACUAGCUCAGAAAUCUUGAACUUAGCACUGCGCUGGUUUGACAUAUUAGCUUCGUCCUUCUGCAGUUUAUAUUCUCCUUACUGAAAAUAUUCCAUCAAUUGUUCUGUGUAUUUGCUAUUGUGGUUCCUCUUUUCACAAUUCAGUCUUGGGGAGGAUGUAAUACGCUACUAAAUUAUAGAACCCAGGAAUAUAUUGUUUGUCAAAAGUUUAAAUGGUUUCUAUCUUAAAAAUUGGAUUCUGUAGUUGUGAAACAUUUUCUUCCUCCUCUUCCCACCUUUCACAUCAAAUGCCAUUCAGCUGCAGCUAAACAUAAAGCUAAAAUCAGUAACUAUAAUUCCAAAGUCAUUAAAUACUACCUUCUUUAAAGCUCCUUUAAAGUUCCUAUGAUACACUGAUAUUUUAAAACCCCUUAAUACUCAGUUAGUAUAUAUCUCCAUAAAGCUGUGCAGGUAUUAUAGCUACUUCUACCCUUGUAAUCAGAGAUAGUACUCCAAUUUACUUCUAUCAGGCCCUAUGCUACCUGCACAUAUACAGCACAUACUUACUUCCCUUGCUCUAAUGCGUCAAGUUCUGUCCCAAGGAAUGCACAUUCAACUUCAACUGAUUUUAGUGGGAGAUGUAUACGCAUGUAUCUUAUGGAUAGAAUGCAGCCCACUGUAUUUAUAUACAUUCAUACAUCAUCAAACAUACACACACACAUAUCUGUGGGCCUUAUGUUCUACUCCUUUACACUGAUUUUAUGCUGGUGUAACACUACUGAAGCCAAUAUAAACCCACUGUGCUGGAAUGGAGAAUCUGGCCCUAUACAGAUACAUAUUACACAUGCAGUGUAAAUGAUUUUCUAAGUACACUUUUUCAAAUUUAUUUCAAUAAUUUACUGUGAAAGUGUGAAAAUGCUAGUGACUGUUUCCUGUAUAGAGUUAAAUGUGAAAAUGUAUCCAGUUAAAAGUCUAGAUGAAAGUUACACAUGGUAUAUAAAAAUCAUCUUACAGGUGCUGCUCCCAUAGAAAUCAAUGGGAAUUUCACCACUGAUUAUUGUGGUUGCAGCAAAUCAGACCCAAAGGUAAUAAUUCAUUGAUUUCAGUGGACUUUGGAUCAGGCACUCAGGCCUAGAUCUUCAAAGGUAUUUAUUUUUAUUUUUAUGUUAUUUAAACAAGGGCUAAAGCCCAGACUGGGAGUUAGGCUCCUAAAUACCUUUCAAGAUCUAGGCCUGAGUGCCUGAUCCAAAGUCCACUGAAAUCAAUGAAAGAUUCCCAAUGACUUCAAAGGGUUUGGGCUCUUGGCUUAAAUCCUGUAAUUUUUACUACAUUCUUAAUGGAGAAAGGAUGCCUGAGAAAGAAUGUAGGCCCCAAUCCCUCAUUGUGAUCCACACAGACAACUGCUGCAUCUGCAGGGUGCCCCACUGUCUUAAGCGGGGCUCUGUCUGCAAGGAUCACUAUGCACUGUUACAGCCUUUGUU